AUGAAUGGAGCCAAUGGCAGAAUCCUGCCGAGCCCGGUGCCCGUCCGGCUGGUGAAGGGGAACAACAUGUGCUCCGGGAGAGUGGAGGUCUAUCACAACUCCACCUGGGGCACCGUCUGCGGCAGGAGCUGGGAUAGGAAUGCGGCGGACGUGGUCUGCAGGGCGUUGAACUGUGGGACGGCCCGGUCGGUAACAAGAGAUGCCUCCUACGGAGAGGGCACUGGGAACAUCUGGCUGGAUGGGGUGAAGUGUAACGGGACAGAGCCUGCCCUGGACCAGUGCCCUGCCAGCCCAUGGGGGGUGAACAACUGCACACACGGAGAGGAUGCUGGAGUCUCCUGCACAGGCCCGGUGCCCGUCCGGCUGGUGAAGGGGAACAACAUGUGCUCCGGGAGAGUGGAGGUCUAUCACAACUCCACCUGGGGCACCGUCUGCGGCAGGAGCUGGGAUAGGAAUGCGGCGGACGUGGUCUGCAGGGCGUUGAACUGUGGUACGGCCCGGUCAGUAACAAGAGAUGCCUCCUACGGAGAGGGCACUGGGAACAUCUGGCUGGAUGGGGUGAAGUGUAACGGGACAGAGCCUGCCCUGGACCAGUGCCCUGCCAGCCCAUGGGGGGUGAACAACUGCACACACGGAGAGGACGCUGGAGUCUCCUGCACAGGCCCGGUGCCCGUCCGGCUGGUGAAGGGGAACAACAUGUGCUCCGGGAGAGUGGAGGUCUAUCACAACUCCACCUGGGGCACCGUCUGCGGCAGGAGCUGGGAUAGGAAUGCGGCGGACGUGGUCUGCAGGGCGUUGAACUGUGGGACGGCCCAGUCAGUAACAAGAGGUGCCUCCUACGGAGAGGGCGCUGGGGACAUCUGGCUGGAUGGGGUGAAGUGUAACGGGACAGAGCCUGCCCUCGACCAGUGCCCUGCCAGCCCAUGGGGCGUGAACAACUGCACACACGGAGAGGACGCUGGAGUCUCCUGCACAGGCCCGAUGCCUAUCCGGCUGGUGGACGGGAACAACACGUGCUCCGGGAGAGUGGAGGUCUAUCACAACUCCACCUGGGGCACCGUCUGCGGCAGGAGCUGGGAUAGGAAUGCGGCGGACGUGGUCUGCAGGGUGUUGGACUGUGGGACGGCCCGGUCAGUAACAAGAGAUGCCUCCUACGGAGAGGGCACUGGGAACAUCUGGCUGGAUGGGGUGAAGUGUAACGGGACAGAGCCUGCCCUGGACCAGUGCCCCGCCAGCCCAUGGGGGGUGAACAACUGCAUACACGGAGAGGACGCUGGAGUCUCCUGCACAGGGCGCAUCAGGCAUCUGGCUCAGAAAACCUGCCUCACGGAACGAGAGCUCCAGAAAACACGUGUUGCUGGAACAGUUGAGUUCACCUUGGUUGGCAACAAACUUUGUCCCGACCAUAUUAAAGUCACAAGGGCUUUGGAAAAGCUGAUUAAAUCCCUGCUGUCGUCCAUCCCGGGAAACAGCGUCCUCAACGUCCACGUGAACCCACAAUGGAAGUGAGAUGAUCUCCGUGAGCCCCUCGGCACCCUGCGUCACUGUGACACACACCGGACAGUCUGUUCCCCAGCGCAGAUCCCUCCCUCCCGUCUCCCUUCCCCUCCCCUCCCCUUCCCCCAUUCUCCCUUUUACACCCUUCCCCAUUCCCCCUUAUCCCCUCCUUCUCCUCUCCCCCACCCCACCCCCCUUCCCCCCAUUCGCCACCCCCCUCCCCCUUCCUCACCUUCCCCUUCGCCCCCACCCCAUCUCUUCUCACUCACACACACGCGCGCACAGAGAUACGCAGACACACGCAGAGAUGCACACAGAAACACAGACGCACACAGAGACAGAAACACACACACACUCUCACACACCAGGACAGACAUACUGUACACCGGCAUCAGACAGCGACGGAUCUGUCCCCACCGGUACUGUACGUGGGCGUUACACAGUGACAGACCUCUGUUGAGCUACAGGUGACACUAAAUGUACAGCAAACAGCAACGUGGAAAUAAAGAGCAAACAAAUAAAGUUGAAAUCACGUCAGAUUUACAUGCAGACUGAGUGCGAACAUCCGCAGAGUCGUUUACCAAGGCUUUGUGUGUCCAGAGAUCAUCUGCACAAUAUAUUGCUGUCCUCUCUACAACAGCAGCGGGUGUACACAUUCGCGGUGAAAUCACGGUGUGGUUAUGGAGCGUGGGUGGCCGAGCAGGGUAAUGGGAGAGAAUGGGAAACCGAAUCCACAGCAGGACUGACAGACUCUCAGAGAAUGUAAACACUGCUGCAGACCCCCUGCUAACACUAACGCACCGCCCGGGGACCCCCCGUCAACACUAACGCACCGCCCGGGGACCCCCCGUCAACGUUAACGCACCGCCCGGGGACCCCCUGUAAUUAUUAACACACUCUCAGGACACCCUCCAUUUCCCUGGGUGGGGUCAGUCCGUGCACACGGCAUCCGCUGCAUCACCCUUCCGCCAUCUGCGGGGCAGGAGUGCGAGGGAACACCCUCC